ACCACAGAAGAAGGAUCAGCGUACGAGUGCAGCGGAACAGCGAUCAGAAGCAGAAGUUGCGAGUGAAAACUUUUUUCCGAUCGGAGAAAAAGAUGUCGGGAGUGACGAACGAGGAGGACAAGAAGCCGGCCGGCGAUCAAGGUGCUCAUAUCAAUUUGAAAGUCAAAGGACAGGAUGGAAAUGAAGUGUUCUUCAGGAUCAAGCGAAGCACACAACUGAAGAAGCUGAUGAACGCAUACUGUGACAGGCAAUCCGUCGAGCUCAACUCCAUUGCUUUCUUGUUUGAUGGUCGCCGACUUCGAGCAGAGCAGACUCCAGAUGAGUUGGAGAUGGAGGAUGGGGAUGAGAUCGAUGCUAUGCUGCACCAAACCGGUGGUGGGUUCUUGUGGAUUUAGAAAAUAUAGAGAAAGGUGUAAUGCCGGUUGAGCUUUUUUUCUUUAUAGGUUUGGAUCUAACUGUUAUAAUAACUACUACUACUACUACUAUUCCCCAUAAAAAAGGGAAAAAGGGAUGUGCUUUUAUUAUUACUAUUCUCUACCUUAAUUCUAAUGCUUGCUGGCCACCGGUUUUUCCUUCUA